GCUGUUGUUUAAAAAAUUGUUAUAUAUAUUUAUAAAUAAUCUAAAGUUAGUUUUUAAUAAUAAACAAUAAAAAUAAAAAAAGUGAAUAUUUGACAAAUACAAUUUCUAACCUCGAAUAAUAAUAAAAUUGGUGAAAAAAAAAUUAUUAUUGACUGCUGAAUGAUAUAUGCAAAUGGAAAAUUUAAUGUUUACCAUAACGAGGAACAUGUUGUGGCCAGAUUUCAGAGAAUGACCUCCUCCGAACAUUUUCUAUCAUAUGAUAAUUAAAUAAUAGGUUUAAAUUUAAAAUACUACAAUAAUACUUGGGUGGUUGGUGGUGGUGAUAAAUUUUUUUUAACAACCAUGGCGUAUAAUCCACGAGACAUGGAUGGUUUUAUGCCUUUAUUGUCAACAAGUGACAUCAAAACAAAAAUGACAAUUGGCAAUAAUCUAAUAAGUUAUCUUGGUAAUUCAGAUAAUAGUAUUGAAUGUCAAGACAUUGGAUUAUUUAUUGAUAAUGUCAUUCCAUGGCUGAGCAAUGGAAAUGCCAAGAUUGUUCAAAAUGGUCUUGAAAUAUUGACUCAAAUUGCUGAUAGAAUGGGAUCUGAUUUUAGACCUUAUAUAUCAACAAUUAUACAGCCAACAAUUGAUCGAUUAGGUGAUAGUAAAGAUGUGACACGUGAAAAAGCUCGUCUUGUUUUGCUUAAAAUAAUGGAAAGAGGUAGUAUGACACCUCAACAACUUUUAGAUCGACUUCAUCCAGUUUUUAAUCAUAAAAAUACAAAAUUACGAGAAGAAGCACUUAUAUUAUUAACAACAACACUUGAUGAACAUGGAGCAGAUGAAAUGGCACUUUCAGCUGUUAUUCCAAGUUUAGUUAAAGUAUUAUCCGAUCCAAAUGAAAAAGUACGUGAGACAGCUGUUAAUACGCUAGUCAAAAUAUACACACAUGUUGGAGAAAGAUUUAAAGCUGAUCUCCAACGUAAACACAACGUUCCUCAAGCCAAAUUACAACUACUGAUUGAACGAUUCGAACAGGUUAAAGCUGAUGGUGAUCUUCUUCCUUCAGCAAUGUCCAACGAUGUUGGACGAGAAUUCGACGAGCCAGAUCGAGUUCUUGUCGCAAAGUCAGUACCACUAAAGAGAACGAAAAGUGUACUUCAAAAAAAGAGUCAAUUUGGACCGAGUACCAAAGUCAUACCAUCAUCAAUGGGUCCAGCUGGUGCUGUUGAUGAGCUAACAUUUGAGGCGGCAUUCAAUGAUGUUGCAAUAGUAAAUAUAUUUUCUUCACGUGAUUUAGAAGAUCAGAUGAAAAUUAUUCGUGAAACAAUUGGUGAUGAUAAGAAAGAUUGGAACCAAAGAACUGAAAGUUUAAAAAAAUUGAGAGGAAUUAUAAAGACAGUUGGAACGAGUCAUGAAACAUUUAUGGAAUUACUUAAAACAAUUCAAAAUUCAAUGGACGGUGCGUGCACAGAUUUGCGAUCGCAAGUUGUUAAAGAAGCCUGUAUAACCCUCGCCUUUUUGAGUGAUCAAUUUAAAAACAAAUGUGCCAAUUUUAUUGAGGGCUUAUUAGCAUCAUUAAUAAAUCUCUUACAAAAUAGUGCCAAGGUUGUUGCAACAUCUGGAGCAGUUGCUUUGCGUAUAAUUUUUCAGAAUACUCAUAGUCCACGUUUUAUUCCUAUAAUUGCAACGUCAUUAUCAAGCAAAAGUAAAGAUAUACGUCGAGCAGCUUGUGAAUAUCUCAGUUUAAUUUUACAAAAUUGGUCAGUAAAUAUACUACAAAAACAUGUUAAAACACUUCAAGAAGGUAUCGGAAAAAGUAUUGCUGAUUCAGAUUCAGAAGCCAGAGUUUUUGCAAGAAAGGGAUACUGGACUUUUAAAGAGCAUUUUCCCGAGCAAGCAGAGGCUUUAUUAAAUUCAAUGGAUCCAUCAUGCAAACGAACUCUCAUGUCACAAAGUAAUAGUGGUAGUAUGAGUAGUUUGCCGACUUCAAAAAUUCCUGGAAUGCCUCUACGACCACCAGCAGCAAGACCAACAUCAAGUGCUGUUGUACGUGCAUCACCUGGUUUAAGAUCAAAUAGUGCAAUUGAUCUUUGUGCUGCCAGAAGAGCACAUUCAAGAAUGUUGUAUGCAAACAUAAGUCGUUCAAAAGCAACAACACCUCGUACAGCUAAACCACUUGAUACAGUACCUGUUAUGAGUCCUGAAAGAACACCAAGAACAAAAACCAAAUAUGACUCAUUUGUAUGCAGCUGGGAAAUAUAG